UUUUACUGUGUCAUAUAAUGUAAACAAAAAGUCGAUUAAACAUGAAAGACUUUAAUAUUAGUCAGUUUUUACGAACAAAAACAAACCUGACACAAUUUCCCAAGGUGAAGGUUGUUAGAAAAAUGGAGGAGGAUAACAUAGAACGGGCACCUGCAGACGAAAACAUGGCAAUUUCACCAACGAUAUUGCCAUGGGAUAAAUUUUCUAACUGGCUCCACUGUGCCUGUGUUGUGACCUUCGAUUUAGAAUUGGGCCAAGCUAUGGAGUUGAUCUACCCAGGACAUAUCAAAUUAACCGAGAAAGAGAAAAUGAAUAUAUGCUACCUGUCAUUUCCAGAUUCAAAUUCGGGUUGCAUGGGAAAUACUCAAUUUCAUUUCCGCAUUAGACAAUGUCCUGGUAGAAAACCAAUAGUCCGAAGUCAUCAUCAAUAUAAUCGUGAUUGUCCUGUCUCCUUACAGAGUGAAAAUGCCUAUUAUUAUGGAUUUGUUUACUUUCGACAAACUAAAGAUAGAACGAUACGUAGAGGAUAUUUUCAGAAGUCACUAGUUUUAGUAAGCAAGUUACCAUUUGUGGCAUUAUUUAAUCAAGUGGUUAGUAUUAUAGCUCCUGAAUAUUUUGAUAAUGGAGAACCUAGUUUAGAGGCAGCUUGUCAUGAUAUAGAUCAAUGGCCUACUCCUAUCCCAGGUGAUACUUUAAAUCUCCCCAUGAUGGGUUCAGUUUUACAGGUUAAAAUUCCUUGCCGCCCAACUGUCUCAGACAAAAUAUCUUCAGUUAGAUCUGCAAGUAAAAAUGGCUCUCAGUCAUUGCAUACUAUACCAGCUCAUACCAUACUGCCAUCUUUAUUUGAAGUAGACAUUUAUAGUUCAUUUCAAAGUAUUCUACCUCAUAUACAAUUGCUGUGGGAAUUAGUCUUAAUUGGAGAACCCAUUGCUGUUAUGGCUGCCUCUCCUACUGUUACAUCAAAUACUGUACAAGCUCUAGUCAAUCUAAUUGCUCCUCUUAAAUAUUGCUCAGAUUUUCGACCAUAUUUUACGAUUCAUGACAGCGAAUUUAAAGAAUAUACAACAAAGGUUCAAGCUCCUCCUCCAAUAAUACUGGGUGUCACAAAUCCCUUUUUUGCCAAAACUUUACAACAUUGGCCUCAUAUCAUUAGAAUUGGUGAAAUGAAUGGUGGAGCGAGCUCACCAAAACCUUUGAAUAAAUUAAAGAAAGCAUCCAGCUUAAAGACGUUAGACUCUAAACCAGGUGUAUAUACGAGAUACAAGUCUUAUUUAGCCAAAGAUAAAACAAUACUCAAAAGGUUAUUAAAGGGAGUUCAAAUAAAAAGACCAGUUGAAGCUCAGAACGCCAUUUUAAGACGCCAUUUUCUAGAAUUAACACAAAGUUUCAUGAUUCCUUUGGAAAGAUAUAUUGCCAGUUUGAUGCCUUUACAGAGAAACAUAUCGCCUCACAAGGGACCGCCACGAUUGAGACCUUUUGAUCCUGAUGAGUUUUUAAAAACAAUUGAACAUUCAGGUCCACAACUAACCCCAGUAGCUAAGGGUGAUUGGGAAGGUCUUUAUAGACGUUUUUUCCGAAGUCCAAACUUUGAAGGAUGGUAUCAUGAAAAACAACGAGAAGCUAAUCAAAAACUACAGGCUCUACACAUGGAGGCUUUAUGUGGUGCUAAUUUACAGGAUUGGAUAGUUGGUAAAGAAGAAGUAGAAAUAGUUGAUCUGAUUUUAAGAAUUAGAGAAAAACUUGCAUUUGCUGCUGCACAUCAGAUAGUUGUGGGAAAAGAAAGUUUGUUAAAAUUACAGAAUCAUAUGGAUGGUAUUGUUUCGGCAUUACCUGAAGACUUACAAUCUGUGCUCAAAACGUGAUUGUGUGUUUUUGAUCAUAAAGUCGUAAUUUUAAACAGUGCCAGUGGAGGUUAUACAUCUCUGGGGUAAAAGUCAAUAAUGUGAUUUAAACAAUUAGCUGUGAUUUUAAAUAUUGAAGGACAAAUGGUAGUGGGUCUCCUCCUAGCAGAUGGCAGAAAUGACAGACUACUUAUAUAAGAUUAUUGUUAUUUAUUUUAUUCAAACUUUUGAUGACAUUUUUAUAUGUACAUAUGUAUGUUGAUUUUAGGUUUUAUAUGCCUGCAUUUAAUUGUGGUCGAAUAUUGUCAUUACAAAAUCUUGGUUGUUUACAAUGAUUUGUGGACGUUUUUGAGACUAAAGUCAUCUUCUGAUUGACUUGAAUUGUAAACAAUUGAAAGAGUAUUGACUUUUAACAAUUUCUGACAAUUCUGGCCCUUGAUCAGUUUGAAAAAUCUUUUUUUUUUGUGUCUUGUGAAUCUCCCCAUUAUGUACAAAAUAAAUAAUGUGCGACAGCCAUUGUGCACUGCUUGAACGACUUACUGGUAGCUGCUGUGGGCAUAUAUUAAGUUGUCUUGCAGCCUAUCUUUAAAAUUUUAGGUCAGGUUUUUAAAGAAAAGGGUAAGAAAGGUUAUUCUGAAAAGAGACUUUUUGUGUAUUUUCUUUUUUAUUUAUAUAUUUUAAUUGAUUAUAUAAAUUUAGUGCUUCAUCACGAAUGUAAAUAAAUCGCUGCCACUGAUAUGACAUAUUUUUGUUGUUAUAUAUUGAGUACAGACUAUAAUAGUAUUAAUAGUAAAUAGUCAAGAUAGGAACAUGUAUACUGUGAGUUAUGUUUUAUUAUUUUUAAAGUAUGCCAGUAAUUUAUGGAAUAUUAGAUACCAUUUCCAUUUUGGGAUGUGGUAUUUUCUAUAUUGUGUCCUUCAUCUUUCUGUUAGCCUGUUAAUUAUGUAUAUAGGACAGCAUAAUCUAAUACUGUAUUUCCUUCCAAGUAUUUCAACUCACGUCAAUAUAUACCGGUAUGUAUAAUAUAUUUUGCCAUGAUAUACAUUUCAUAUCCAGAGAUGUGCUUAAUUAUUUACAUUUAUGUAUUAUACUAGUAAAUGUGUGUAUCUAUUUUCUGUACAAUGAAUCUUGUUUCUCAUUUGUAUAUACAAUGCCUUACAUCAGGUUUAUAAUGUUUUCUUUAAAUUUACCAAAGAUUAGAAUUAUUAGUACUUUAAAAAAUUUAAAUGUGUUAAAGAAAUGUGCCUCUAAUUUUUUAUAUGUGUGGAAUCAUAUUCGUUGUACAAGUGCAUUUAUAUUUUUUUGUCAGUCACUCACUUCAAGAUCAAUUUAUUUUAUCAUUUUAAUAAUACAUUCAAAUACCUGCUAAAAUUGUAAAUUGAUGUUAUGGACCGGAAAAGGGCAAAAUCUUGCCAUUUCUAAAGUCUUGAGAUACCAUAUUUGUGAAUUUUGAAAUUAUUUGUUUCUGAAAUAUUCUGCAAAAAAAUUGACAAUAUUUCUGCUUUUUAAAUGUGUCGUUCAUUUGAUGUUGUUUGUUUGGUUUCCAUGAGAGGAAAACAUUUGUCUUUGCGAAGCCCACUAUCUCUGGUCUGAACUUGGCUUUUUAGUUUAGGUACUUUGACAAGAUAAAUUUUUAUUAUAUAUUAAACGUAAAUACUCCUAUAACAGUAUCUUUAGAUAUAAAUAUUAUUUAAUGGUUGUGUAUACCAUAUUACCCCCUCCCUUCGGUUGUUUGUUAAAGGAUUUGAAAAUAGGUAACAGAAGUAUUAUAAGUAGAUGCAUUAGUUGCAGAUGGUGAGGAAUGGAUUGAUAAGAUGAUGAAGAAGUUUAGUUCGGAGAACAUUCAGUUGAAAUAUUUUAUUUAUAAUGAUAAUGUGAUGACCUGUUGUUAAUCUAGUCAUUCAUUUAUUUAUUUGAUAUUUUUAUUUUAUGAUUUUUCUUUGGCUUUUCUGUUGUCUGAUUUUUCACUCCAUUUAGCCCAUAGUCAUAAAAGUGUAUUAUAUUUUCAUCAUUGGAAAAUAUCCACUUAAAUUUGAAUAGAAAAUAAACAUAUACUGAGCUGUAGUUAGCUUAGAAUAGAAAAUAAAUACGUUUUACUGAAGUCAAUAUUAAUGCUUGAAAUAUUUUUGUUGUUCUACCCGAAUUACAUAUUUAAGAAGGCAAAUACUGUCUCCACAAUAAUAAUAAUAAUUUGUCUUCCUACAUGCAAUAACGAUAUAUAACUGCUGUUCAUAUUGUUUAUUAAUUACCAAUCAGAAUAUAGCAUCUAUAUCUUUUGUUUGCCGUAACUUACAUAUUUAUUUUAGUCUGAUGUAUCAGUUAUUUUUAUGACUUCUCUGCUUUAUUUAUGAAUAUACACUGUAUCAGGUAUUUCAAAUUUUCAGAAGAGCUUGAAGAAAUGAAUUAUAAGGUUCUCAUUUAUUUGUUAGUUUUAAAGAUUCAUUGUAAAGUUUACUAAAAUACUGUAAGUUUUAAAACUUCCUAAAUGUACUCGUGGCAGAAGGCCAAAAAGCAGUUAGCUUAUUGAUAUUUGUUUGAAAUGUAUAGAAAGUAACAUGAACUUGAGAUGACUAUAACUUAGUUCGGUGUUUAUCAUUUUAAUAAAUUUUGAACCAGUAUUUAUUUUGUGAAACUGUUUUUCAUUGUGUCUGAUCCAAGUCAAUAUUAUUCUCUUUAUUCUAGAAGAUGUGUUUUUGAUUAUAGUUUAUUUACUUUCUAGCCCUCGUGUAGGCUACUGGAAACCAUUAAUCAUGUCCGUUAUAAUAAUUGGAUAAUUUAAAAUUAAUGAGUUGGAACACAUAUCACCAUUUUGAUUUAAUCAACAUCGAGUUCAUUUAAAAUUGUAAUUUGUAGACUGUAUAUUUGUUUUGAUAUUCUGGUAUUUUAGUAAAACUACCUCGUGUGAAUUUAUUUUGGCUGUGCAGUAGUUUGCAUAUUCCAUGUUUGUAAUCAUUACAUUACAAAGGACACCAUAAGAAAAAAAAACACUGGCUAGUAAAUUGUUUCAAUGGCCUUUAGUAAUUAAGCUGUAUAUUAUCACCCAUGUUAGCACUACCUUUAACUACUCUUGGAUUAUUAUUGAAGUUUUGGACAAACUCAACAUAUGAUUGGCUUCACACGGGAAGUACAGUAGUGAAUUGCUAUUAAACUGUUAUGCACAGUUGUAGCCUAACAUUACCAAGGGUAGGUAACUGGUAGACCAAAUCAAAAGCCCAGACGAUAAUCACUUGUGUUGUUAGCCAUUCUAUAUAUAAUUUUGUGCAGGGUUAUUUUCAUUUGUUUUAUAACCAUUGUCAAUCUGUCAGUAUUCAUUUUACCCCUAUGUCUGUUGUUAUUGUUAUUUUACACCCUCCCCCUUCCCUUCCCUUAUCAUUGUCAUUUUAAAACCAUAAAUAAUUUUUAAUAUAACUAAAUAUUGAAAUAAAGAAAAUUAAUUGGUGAAUACACUUGUAAUAAAUUAUUAAAUGAAAUGGAUUAGUA